UAGCUAAUAGUUUAAAAGAAUAUGAUAAAUAUAAUACAAGAUAUAACUAUCAAAGACCAAUUAUUGUCGUAUGUAGCUGAUAUUGAAAAUAUUGUUCAAGAAAUUAUAAAAAAUAUUCUAAGCCUAAAUAAUUCUGAAAAAAAUGGCGAAUCAACUGAUUCUAAUUGUAAUCUUUUAUCUAUUCAAAAUGCUGUUAAAAAAUUAGUAGUUAAGGAGAAUAUUGUAAAUCAUUUUAUUUCGCAUGAUUUGAAAAAUUAUCUGAAUUUAAAGAAUGAAAUAGAUAAAUUGCAACAAGAGUAUGAUAAUAUUAACAAAAUUAUUAAUGAAUAUAUAUUAUUACUAAAAAAGUCAGAAGAACAAUUAGCUGCUUCAAUAUAUAAGGCUAAAGAAAAACUAAAACUAAUUGAUAAAAGUGAAAUAAAUAGACAAAAACCAGAGUUCUUUAUAAAAUAUGCUCAUUCCAUUAGUGCCUUUAAUUCUAUUGUUGCUCCAAAUGAUUGGUCAGAUAGUGAUAUAAAUCAAAGACCUUUUUUACAAGAUUUAGAAAUGCGAUAUAGCUUUUUAAAUUCAAUCAAAAAUCCUUCAUCAGGUAAUGAUAAAUCGAAAAAAGUAUUUAGUUACACUUCAGCCACUUAUCAACACAUCCUUCCCACACCUCAUGAAAACGAUGAUCAAAUGAUAAUCUCGAAAGAUGACAAGAUUAAAAUUGAAAAGGAAGAUACCGAAUCAUUUAUCAGCUCUGACGAAGAAAAUUUUGAUAACAUUAUACCAAUCCUAUAACAUUUUUACCCAUCAAUUUUUAAAUUUUAUACACUUAAAUAUGAGAAAUAGUUUUAUCGAUA